CCAAUUCUUCUAAGCUGUGCGCACAGUUAUUGCCGGCGUUGUGUGCUAGAGUAUCAACAACCCGUUUGUCACAGUACGCCAACCACAUCUCUACAGUCGCAUGCACCUUCAACAGUACAAUACUCUCAUCUGCACACUAUCACACCUUUGUCGCCUCCUUCAAGCAGUGGUGCAAGUGAUUCAAUUUCAUUAUGUGUUUCUGAACAAGAUAUCGAGAGUGAUAAAUUAUCAAUUAUCUCCGAAACUGAUAGUGGAGUAGUUGUUUCUGGAAGAUGUUCACGACCUCCGUCAAUGAUUGGUUCUGCAAUUGGACAUGCCCCUCCGUUUUCCGGUUAUUUUGGUGUCCCUCGUCCGCCAUCCAUCUUGACCCCUUCUACCUCCGGAUGUAUUAUUACCUGUAAAGCAUGUCAUAAGCCUACAAUUUUUCCUGAUAACCAAACUGCCGCAUUAAUGCCUGUCAAUGAUGCUCUUGUCAAUGUUAUCACAAGGUACCGUUCCGGUAACUUAUCAGGUCGAGACAAAAAUGCUGGUAGUGAACAGAUUUUCAGUUGCCAGCUAUGCGAUACAGAAGAACCUGAAAUUGCUAAUGUAUUUUGUGAACAGUGUGAAAUAUUUUAUUGUCAAUCAUGCCAGAUUUCAUUACAUCCAGCUCGUGGACCUUUGGCCAUGCAUAAAUUAGUGCCACCAUCAGCGAGAAGACCUUCGAGAACGACACUUGGUCUCAUUCAGAAUUCCAAAUGUAGCAGUCAUCCAUGUGAAAAUCUUUCAAUGUACUGUAUGAUUUGUCGAGCAGCUGUUUGUUGUCAAUGUCUGCAAGAAUCAAAACAUUCCAAUCAUGAUGUACAAAAUCUUGAUAAAAUAUGUAAAACUCAAAAGGUAUGCUGA